AUGCAUGCAUCCACAUCACAACAAACAUCCGUCGGUCCGGACCAUACAAGGCACGGUGGCGAGGUAUGUCCAGUCUACCCCCGUCCAGGCCAUGGAUCUUCAGGGGAGCAAAUUCCUCUUCUUGUUAACUGGUAUCGACUAGAAAGCGGUUUGUCGGGUAAAACGAUAUACAUCUACGACAUACAAAUCUUCGAGAUAUCUCACUCCCGAGGGCGGCAGAGAAGAGUGCCCGUAAGAGGAAGGGAUGAAUUGCGUACUUUAUUUUGGAGUUGUUUACGAAGCAAUCCGAGUAUUUUUGGGUCAUACACUGGAACAAUAUUCGACGAUUUCUCAAAAGCUUUUACUAUCAAUCGCUGGCGCUUAAGAAAUGACAGAGGGAAUGUGCAGUUCUAUAAGCCUGAAAGAGGUUCAGAAAAGGAAUGUAGUAUGUCCAUCAAGCCACUCACUGAUUUAACCUUUGAUUUAUCGAGCAAAGACGACCAGCAAAGGAACAACUCCGCUCUAGUGACUAAGAAUCUUUUCACUCAAAGAGCACGAUAUGCGCCUGAAAUGGGCGAUAGCGGCUGGUCUUUUGUCAAUCAGUGGGAUGUCUGCUAUGGUUCCAUCUAUCGGAUACCUCGUCAAGGAGAUGAUUUAGAAACUAGCGUAAAAGUUGCGACAGGAGUACGGGCAUGGUUGGGUAUCUACAACUCCGUAAAGAUGCUUGAAGACUGCACCCCCGCCCUAGCCUUCGGCCUUGUGAAUCGGCUCUACUACGAAAUUGAGAUGGACUUACUGACUUUCUAUUUAGAUUUUCUUGAAGAACGAGGGUUAUCACAUGAAAGGGAAAGAAAUCCGCAGUUCCUGAGAGACAUGGGUAUGAAUAAACAUCAACAGAAACGCAUGACGAAUCGAUUGAGUGGUUUGCGAGUGAUGACGAGGAAGUUUUUAGCAUGGGACAGGUAUCAUCGUCCUUUUCUCUCCGAACGGCGAAUGAUAUUUACUGAAGUGGUUAAUUACCCACCUCAAACUCAAGUAUUCGGCGACAUGACCAUGGCGGAGAUAUACUAUCGACUGGGAGAACCGUUAGAGUACCCAUACCUUCCACUGUGCAGGGUCAGCAUUGGAAAUAAAAAAUACGAGCUACCAAUGGAGGUGUUGUUCGUCCAUGAAAAGCCUCAGAGAUACACCAAAACUAUGAGCACCUUAAUGAAGAUGAAGUUUAUUGAAGGUGUUUGCCGUGAACCCAAGCUACAUAAAAAACUGACCGAGCAAAUGUUCAAAUGGAUGGACUUUGAAAACACGAACAUGAAUUUUCUCCGUGAUUUUAUGUUCAGUGUGAUUCCGUCAAUGAUAAGCUGUGAGGGGAGAGUACUGGAUGUACCAGCAAUUGUUGACCAGGAUGGCAGCAAACUACCAAUGACGGAAAAGAGAGCGAUACGUCAAAAGGAGUUAAAUGAGCCUCCAUCUGGUGAAAUAUACAUUGCCGUGUUUAUUAUGGCCAGGCGCAAUGAUCGUGGACUACUUGAGAAUGUUUGCCAAGAGGCAGACGUGGCAAAGUUUUAUGAAGAACUUAUCGAAAAGUGUCGGGAGCGCGGGCUGAACAUAGCUGAAGAGCCGCUUGUGCGAGUCUACAAAGAAACGGACGCGCACAAUUUCGAAGAUUAUGUGCGCGAUGCUCGAGAUCGAUUUGAGAAGAAACAAGAUGGAACAAAGAGAGUCCUUCUGCUUUUGAUCAUCAACGGUCCCGAUGAAGUAUACGACGAUCACGGAGGAGCCUACGGACUUAUAAAGUCGAUAUGUGACAAUAAAUAUGGCAUAGCUAGUCAGGUAAUAAACGCCUCCACCGUCACGAAUGCAAUGGAGAGCACGAAAAAGACUGUCUAUUACAAUAUCGCUUUAAAAAUAAAUGCUAAGCUUGGCGGAGUUAAUCAAGCAGUGCUUUUUAGCAAUGAAACCUCUGAGGCAGCGGCAAAGGAUUCUGUUAUGUAUGUUGGAAUAGAUGUCACGCAUCCUACUGCCAAUAGUGGCAUUGAUAUCUCGAUUGCCUCCAUGGUGGCAAAUUUUGACUUGGCGGCUACAAAGUACAAGAAUGAGAUUUUUGCUCAAAUGAAAGGCAAGGAAACCGUUGAAUGCUUUGAAAGGCAGUUCUGUCGGCUAAUGACUAAGUUCCACGAACACUCAAAAGUAUGGCCUCGUCACAUUGUCAUCUUGCGGGAUGGAGUUUCCGACUCCGAAAUGUUACGCACAGCAUAUAUCGAGCUAAAGUGGAUCAGAGAUUCUUGGAAAAAAAUGACUAGCGACGAUCCCACACUUGAGCCAACUUAUACCUAUAUAGUGAUUCAAAAGCGGCAUGUCACUCGCUUUUAUCGGCCAUCGAAGGACGAGAAAGGAGAGGAGACGUAUGUAAAUGUGCCAUCCGGGACUGUCGUUGACAGGCUAGUCGUAUCACCACAGUUAUUCGACUUCUAUCUGGCAUCGCAGAUUGGUGCUAUUGGUACAACCCGCCCUGCUCACUACACAGUUGUACUUGAUGAAUGGGGUUUGAGCCCAGAUCAAAUCUACGAAAUGUGCUACAAAUUGUGUUUUCUUUAUGCACGAUGCAGAAUUCCGGUGUCGCUGCCAUGUCCUGUCUACUAUGCUCAUGUUGUAUGUGAGAAGGCAAAGGAAGUGUAUAAAACUUUGUGCAGUGAGGGGGCAUUCGAUCAAGCGUCGUUUAUCUGCGCACGAAAAUUAUCCUGGAAUGCACUUUGUGUGAUGAUCAUGCAGGGCGUGUGGAAUGGCUUCAGCAUCACCAGUUUGAGACAAAUUGUUUAUCAGUACAAUUGCUAUUUGUUCUGUUGACACGUUUUGUUGUUUUCUGGAUUGUUGUCUGCAACUUCAAAAUCUCUGGCCACCUAAUUUGUAUUUGGCUUCCAUUUUUUAUCGUCUCCGCUCAUAACUCCUACUUAGGAACGUGAGAAUACUGU